CUUCAGUUUCGAACACACAAUGCCGGAGGAAAAUCCCCAUCCUGUACCUUCAUGGCUCAGCAAAGACUAUGUCCAACAGAAGCUAAGCACCUACCUCAAAGACGAAUCCUUGAGGCUGGAAAAAUGGGAAAUUAGUCCCGCUGUCCCGAAUGGAGAAAACUACGCCAGCGUUAUGACCCGCAUCAAUGUGGAGUACACUACGCAGGGAUCUAAGAAAAAACUGGCCACCAGCUUCCUAAUGAAAACCACGUUUGCUGAGAAGGAUCCGGCCUUUCAUGUGCUGGUCAAUUACGGGGUUUACUCCCGGGAAAUGGACAUGUACCAGCGGAUUUUGCCCAAGAUGGCUGAUCUGGUGAAGAAGGAGAUCCAGGAUUCACGAAGGCUUUUUGCAGGCUCCUUAAACGUAAAUAAGGAAACGAAUUCGAUUAUCUUCGAGGACCUUUCGCUGGAGCAUUAUAAAGUGGCCUGCAGGCUAAAGAAACUGGAUCUGGAGCACUCCCACCUGGUUUUGGAGAAGUUGGCAAGCUUUCAUGCAGCCGGAGCAGUUCUGGCCGAGAGGGAACCGGGGAUCUUCACGGUUAAUUAUGACCGAGGAUUUUACAAUAGACAUACUCGAGGCUAUCAACCGGUAAUGACGAAUCUGCUUAAGGCUCUGUCCCGUUCGCUUAACCUGGAUCAGGAGUUGCGUCAGAAGUAUCAGGCGAAGAUAAACCGCCUUGUAGAUCAAGUAAUGGUCUAUGGAGAGCGAUCGACCACUAACCAUCCCGGGGACUUUUUGACCCUGACCCACGGAGAUCUUUGGACCACCAAUGUUAUGUUUCAGUACGAUGACAAAGGACAUCCCACCAAUGCCGUCUUUAUCGACUUUCAGUUCAGCGUUUGGAACUCCCCGGCCAUCGAUCUGCACUAUUUCUUCUCCACCUCCAUACACGACGAACUGCGACUGCAAAAUCAACCUGAGCUGGUACAGUUUUAUUACUACAAACUUAAGGAUGCUUUAAAAAAAGUGAACUACUCUGGCCACAUUCCCAGUUUGUUCGAUUUUCAACUGCAGUUCCGGGCCAGAGCUUUCUAUGCUGUUUUUGCUUCCUUGAUGUUCGAGCCCUUGAUGCUGUACAAUGGCAAGGAGAUGGCUUCCCUGGGACAAAUUAUUUCCGAGGGCGAGAGUGGGAUGCGGCUCAAGGACGAUGUUUUCCAGCAGGAGUGCGUUAGGAAGAAGCUACACCUCACACUUCCCUAUCUAGAGCAAUGGGGAUUGCUUGAUGAAAUGUAAAGACUUUGUCAUAGCAAACAAAAUAAAAAGAUAUAAUCUGAA